CAGAGGGCGGUGCUGGGAACAGCAAGGAAGGGCUGCAGGGGGAGGUGCCCGGAAGAGUCUGCUUCCUCGUCGCCUUCGCAGACUCUCUGGCUCGGCUUGGGACAGGGCGCGGCGGGCCGGAGGAGCCGAGCUGAGGGCAAGGCAGGCAGGCAAGCCGAGAGGGAGUGGGACAAAGCGGCGCGCAAAGACCCCCCGAGCAGCGGGCCUGGGUGGAACUCCUUGGGAGCAGCCGAAACCGCCACAACAAAUAAAGCGGACGAGGAGGAGCCGCAGAAAUGACUGCAAUUAAUACAGGAAAUGUUAACUUUAAAUGGGAUCCCAAAAGUUUGGAGAUAAGGACACUGGCUGUUGAAAGGUUGCUAGAACCUCUUGUUACACAGGUUACAACGCUGGUCAAUACUAGCAACAAGGGUCCUUCCAACAAAAAAAGAGGCCGCUCUAAAAAAGCGCAUGUUCUAGCUGCAUCAGUUGAGCAAGCAACAGAGAACUUCUUGGAGAAAGGGGAUAAAAUUGCAAAAGAGAGCCAGUUUCUUAAAGAGGAGUUAGUGGCAGCUGUGGAAGAUGUCCGCAAGCAAGGAGACUUGAUGAAGAGUGCCUCUGGAGAAUUUGCAGAUGACCCAUGUUCUUCUGUGAAACGAGGUAACAUGGUGAGAGCGGCCCGUGCCCUUCUGUCAGCAGUUACACGGCUGCUUAUUUUGGCUGACAUGGCGGAUGUGUACAAACUGCUUGUUCAGCUUAAAGUUGUGGAAGAAGGCAUCCUGAAACUAAGAAAUGCUGGGACCGAACAGGAUUUAGGAAUACAGUUUAAAGCUCUUAAACCAGAGGUGGAUAAGCUUAAUAUAAUGGCAGGCAAGAGACAACAAGAAUUAAAAGAUAUAGGUCAUCGUGAUCAGAUGGCUGCAGCCAGAGGAAUUCUUCAGAAAAACAUUCCUAUACUCUACACUGCUUCUCAAGCAUGUCUGCAGCACCCAGAUGUAGCUGCUUACAAAGCCAAUAGGGACUUGAUCUACAAGCAGUUGCAGCAGGCUGUCACGGGAAUCUCUAAUGCAGCACAAGCAACAGCUUCUGAGGACUCUGUUCAGCCGCAGAGUGGUGGGGGAGAGUUGGCUUAUGCACUCAACAACUUUGAUAAACAAAUUAUCGUGGAUCCCUUGAACUUCAGUGAAGAGCGUUUUAGGCCUUCCCUAGAAGAGCGCCUGGAGAGCAUCAUUAGUGGUGCAGCCCUAAUGGCCGACUCAUCCUGCACACGUGACGAACGACGGGAACGCAUAGUUGCAGAAUGUAAUGCAGUGAGACAAGCCUUGCAAGAUCUGCUUUCAGAAUACAUGGGAAAUGCUGGCCGCAAAGAAAGAAGUGAUGCUCUGAACUCUGCAAUAGACAAAAUGACAAAGAAGACAAGGGAUCUGCGUAGACAGCUCCGCAAAGCUGUUAUGGACCAUGUUUCAGAUUCUUUUCUGGAAACAAAUGUACCACUUCUAGUUUUAAUUGAAGCUGCAAAGAAUGGGAAUGAGAAAGAAGUUAAGGAAUAUGCACAGGUUUUCCGUGAGCAUGCCAACAAACUGAUUGAGGUUGCCAACUUGGCGUGUUCUAUCUCAAAUAAUGAAGAAGGUGUGAAAUUAGUUCAUAUGUCAGCAAGCCAGCUUGAAGCUCUCUGUCCUCAGGUAAUUAAUGCAGCAUUGGCUUUGGCUGCGAAGCCACAAAGCAAACUAGCUCAAGAAAACAUGGAGCUGUUUAAAGAACAAUGGGAAAAACAAGUGCGUGUGCUGACAGAUGCUGUAGAUGACAUCACUUCCAUUGAUGACUUCCUGGCAGUGUCAGAGAAUCAUAUUCUGGAAGAUGUAAACAAAUGUGUCAUUGCUCUCCAAGUAAAAGAUGUUGACGGUUUAGAUCGCACUGCUGGUGCAAUUCGUGGUCGUGCCGCUCGAGUAAUUCAUGUUGUCACCUCUGAAAUGGAUAAUUAUGAACCAGGAGUCUACACAGAAAAAGUUCUGGAAGCAACAAAGCUGCUGUCAAACACAGUUAUGCCACGUUUUACUGAACAAGUAGAAGCUGCUGUAGAAGCACUGAGUUCUGACCCUGCCCAGCCAGUGGAUGAAAAUGAAUUUAUUGAUGCUUCACGAUUGGUAUAUGAUGGAAUUCGUGACAUCAGAAAAGCUGUCCUGAUGAUCAGGACUCCUGAAGAAUUGGAUGACUCGGACUUUGAGACAGAAGACUUUGAUAUCAGAAGCAGAACCAGCGUUCAGACUGAAGAUGAUCAACUUAUUGGUGGCCAAAGUGCAAGAGCUAUCAUGGCUCAACUCCCUCAAGAGCAGAAAGCAAAGAUUGCUGAACAAGUAGCCAGCUUCCAGGAAGAAAAGAGUAAAUUGGAUGCUGAAGUGUCCAAAUGGGAUGACAGUGGUAAUGACAUUAUUGUUCUGGCAAAACAGAUGUGCAUGAUUAUGAUGGAAAUGACAGACUUCACCAGAGGUAAAGGUCCAUUAAAAAAUACAUCUGAUGUGAUUAGUGCAGCAAAGAAAAUUGCAGAAGCAGGAUCAAGGAUGGACAAGCUAGGACGGACAAUUGCUGAUCACUGCCCAGAUUCUGCUUGCAAGCAGGACCUCCUGGCCUAUCUACAGCGUAUUGCCUUAUACUGCCAUCAGCUGAACAUCUGUAGCAAAGUGAAGGCAGAGGUUCAAAACCUUGGAGGAGAACUUGUUGUGUCUGGGGUCGAUAGUGCGAUGUCACUGAUUCAAGCUGCAAAGAACCUGAUGAAUGCUGUGGUACAAACUGUGAAGGCUUCUUAUGUGGCAUCAACUAAGUACCAGAAGUCUCAAGGGAUGGCUUCUCUGAACCUUCCAGCAGUAUCAUGGAAAAUGAAAGCUCCAGAGAAGAAACCACUAGUCAAGCGAGAGAAACAAGAUGAAACGCAGACCAAAAUCAAACGAGCCUCCCAGAAGAAACACGUUAAUCCCGUGCAAGCACUCAGUGAAUUCAAAGCAAUGGAGAGCAUUUAAAUGGGAGUAUUCUGGAUGUCAUUACUGCUACUUUCAGAAUUUCUUCCAAUAUUCUAUGGAUUAUGUUAAAAUUCAUUUACUUAAUAUUUUGAUAAAAUCAUUUAGAAUAAAGGGGGUGGGAGGGUUAAAACAGAUUUUAUGAAGCAUGACAAUACACAAUUAAAUCUGCAACAUGUUAAUUUUAGUAUGAAAAUACUGUUUAGAUUUCUGUGGCAUUUUUCUAGCUUGUCUUUUUAAAGUAACAAAUCCUGCUUUACGGUAUAACCAAAGAUAAAUUUACAGGAAUAGUAAUCUUUAUAGCUGGAUCGUAUCAUUUUUUUAAAGGAAAGAUGAGUCUUCUCAGUUUGAAAGUAGAUUGGAACAGGUUGGUUAAAGUAUAGACAUGCAUUUGUGAGUGGGGUAGAGAGUAAGCUUUGUUAUAUUGAAAUAAUUAAUGAGGCAGAAAAUGCUAGUUGCUGCUUAGAACACUAAAAGAGCUGUAGAAAAUGAUUUGAAAAAGUAAUAUACUGAAGCAUUCCUUUCUAAUUUAAGCCCUCAUUAUUUGAAACUGAAUACACCGAUACAUUUGUUUUGAAUUGCUGGAUUCUAGGUUCCUUUUAAAGGGUGUGAACAUUAGCGCAGCAUUGCCGGGAGAGGCAAGUUAGAUGAGCUUUGUAGAAGGCCUCUUGUGAGGGUUUCUACAGAAGCCUGUAAGAGGGAUAGCCCCAAAGAAACUUGGUGUCAUGGUGCACAAUGGAUCAUGAAGAAAAUGGAUUACUUUUCUUGAUACAGUGAUAAUUCUUACUUGGUUACAGUUUACUGAAGUACUAUGCCGCAGGACUCAAAUAAAAGUUGCUUGUACCAGCCGGAGUUUGCACGUUUGCCCUCAGCAUUGAAAUGCAAAUUCAUCACUGUGUUCUGAUUACUAUGCCAUAGGCUUAAAGAGAAACCUGGCAAAUUGUGUUUAUUCAGACUGCAACUUAGAGAUACUUGAUAACUGGAGCUUCAUGGUAUAAUUUUGCUAUUUUAAAAUUUUUAUGAAUUUGUUUUUAUACCUUUUCCAAUAAAGUCCAGUGUAAAAACUA